AAGAAAUCGAGGUUCAGGAUGUGAUUUGAUCACGCGACAUGGAGUAAAAUUUUUAAUUGAGCUGAAAAGAACAAGGAAACUUUUAUUUUACUCAAGGUAAGAGAAACAACUCGUGGAGUAGUUUCCUGCUGGUAGAGUCACCUUUUUUACGGGAAACGAUCCAAGAGUUCUGCAUGUUAGUAGGCAGCAGUAGGGUCUGACAGGUUUUAAUACAGUCAGUCUCCCGUCUGCGUUUGUCGCACACCGGGGAGAGUAUGGCAGAGCUCGACGAGAUCUCGCGCGUAAAAGGCCGUUUUCAGGCCCUUAUUACUUAUAUAAUGUUUUAAAAAAAUACUCUCCCGUGCACCUACCAUACUUUAUAGACUGGAAUUUAUUACUGUGAGUGAGUCAGUAGGGAAGAGGUGCAAGCCCUCUCACGGGGGUACGUAUGUGUCCUUAGCCUGAAUUUUCGUGGAUUGAGGAGGAAGUAGCCUGCGUAGCGCUGUUCUUUCUUGCGCCCACUACUUCCAAGCGCCUGCUACGCAGGCUAGGAGGAAGCCAUGUCUGUGUCGGUAUUUUGCUUUUGUAGUUGCGCUUGUCUUUGACGCUUUCGCAGACAUGUCAACUCUCACAAUUCUGCCGUGAGUCUUUUUAACUUUUCUCACGGCCUCAUGACAACACUCACAAUCUCAUGGUUUUUUGGGAAAAAUCAUUCUGAAAUGAAAUGAAAUGUUAUCUUGCUGAAUAAAAGGGAAAAUUCAAUGGGGAAUUCUGGUGCCUGUUCAAGCCUUGUUGAGACUUGUCUAUAAACGGUUUGGCCAUGACCAGUUGGCUUUAUUUCCGGAAGAAACAACAUACCUCUUGCUAUUCAUGUAAGUUUCCUCUUUUUUUGAAGGAUGAUCACUUAAACUUAGAGCCAUUAAAGAAAGCAGGAUCUUGUUACAACAGGAACCAACAUAAAAAUCAAAUGCGCCUGAAAGCUAUAACCAUGCCUCCCCCACCUCCCGACUGGGCAUUUGCGAUUUUUUUCUUUCUUGGAGGUCUAUUCCCCACCCCAGGGUACACAGGAAGAGACAAUUUCCCACCCCCAAGCUCCUGAUUGACCUCAUAUACAAUUUUUUCAACAUCUUUAUACAAAAGCAAAACAACACAUUUUCACAACUUUUAUGAACAUUUUCCUGAGUUUAUUGAGAGUCAAAGGAUAAUGGAUGUCAUAAUGCAUUUAAAACAUGAACAAUAAAUUUGAAAACAAAGAAGAAAAACUUUUUAGUUCCUCCUUGAGAGAACACUUCAUGAGAACACGUAGUACUGGACCAAAUCUCUGUUUCUCUAUAGGUGGUUUUCACAGUGACAUCAUCAAAUUGUAAAAUCAAAAUAGUGAGGUUUUGUGAAUUCUUAUUUACACUAGGUUGAAGAUAAACAAAAAGUAAAUCCUUGUACCAGUUUCCAUCCCCGUAGCAUGUUUCAUUUGAAAAUACAGCAAUUUGAACUUCCGAGUUUUUACAGUGCAUGACACCAAAUGCAAAAUGGGAAUGCUGUUCGUUGAAAAAAACUCUCUCCUCAUGAUUUUCAGAAGUAUAACCAUUUCAAGUAUUAGAAGAUAUGUUCAUGCGCACGUAUGCUAGUUCUCGAGAGAAAAGAAAGAGCUUUUUUAAGAAAAGCAGGGUUGUCAUUAAGAGCCAGGGGUCGGGGAUUUUCCCCGGCUGCUAAGAGAGUGGCCCCCGGCUACUUUUAUUGGAAAAUAGAAGAAAAAUAGAACCAAAAGAAAUCCCUAGCCGUUUGAUUGCCUGCCUACUUGUUGUAGAAAAAGUGAUCUCCAGAUGUUUUUGUUGAUUUCCGGCGGCAAUAUCGUACACCAAAACGGUACACCAAUAUGGCGUCUCCAUACAAAGCUCUGCAAAGGUGCAUAAAACAUUUCAGCAAAUAACUCAGAAACUAAGGGACACAAAGACCUGAGACUUGGACAAAUUGUUUAUAUAUUAGUCUUUUAUAACAUUUCAUUUUCUUGGCUUCUUCCACUGGACAGUGUCCAAUUUAUUUUUUUGUUGUGUGACAGUACACAUAUACAUAUAAUAUCAAAAGCCUUGUAUUCUUUUUCAUAUAAAAACUUAUCAUUAUUUAAAGUGAAGCUGAAGAAAAUUAAUAUUUCUGGCUUCCUUUCCAGAAAAUAAAUCCAUUAGAGUAUGCAUCAUAUGCACAUUCAUUGCAAAUGUUAAAACAUAUCUUUAAAUAAAGACUUUAAUUUUGAUAAAUUAUUCCUCCCCAACCACUCUCUGACAAAUUCCUGCAUUUUUCCUUAAAAAUAUGUAGUCUUGAAGUCCGCAGCCAUUGUGUAAACCACGCAAGAAAUAACUGGUACUUCGCAAAAUCAAAGAGAAGAUAUUUUUUUUAUUUGCCCCACCCACCUUCCCACCGGAACAGGACUGCCUCAAACAAUUCCCCACUCCCAGACCUGAAGGGCUGGACUUGUCCCAGGGUUGCCCAGGGGGGAUGGUAACAAGUAAAAUUGAACAAUGCAUAAAACAAGGUAGUAUUUUAAUAAAUACUUAUUCCCAAAUCUCCCCAAAUCUUGCUCAGCAAAAAAUAGAAUUUCAGGUACUUUUUGUAGAAUGUCCAGUUUUUUUUUUUUUUUUCAUGAGUCUCCCAAUUUUCCUUUAUCAUUGGUUGGCAGGUCUGCUUUUGUAGUGUCAGCCCAUCUUUUUGUUGUUUGUUGCCAUUUCAUCUGUCUGGCGGUUCAUACAAAGAUCUUUGGGGAGUGCCAGGACUGACAAAUCCUUCAUUCCAUGUACUUUGGUGGCUUUAGUUUUGAGGAGAUGGAAAGGGAAAAUGGAGAGUACUCCUGUUAAGACCCUGGGUUAAGAAUAGUUUGUGCUGUGAAUGUUCCCAAACUUUGACUGACUAAAUUGAUACACUUUUUAGGCCCAAAUCUUAAAAAGGCCAGACUAUUUUAGUAAGUGAAAACUAACAAACAGAAUUUUUUGCCAGGGGCAUCAGUUGUGAUGCUUAAGAGUAUUGAAAUUUAGCAUUUUGACUAUUUACAGCUGUAUCAUUCUCACAACAAAAAGAAACAUAAUGACUAUCUUGAAAUCACUAAGUUCUUUAGACAUUCUUAUCACUGAUGAUGUAAAUAUACAUGUAAGUUAGAGUUGUAGUAAACAUCUAUGUGUAUUCCUCACCUUGAGUUGAUUGUUGACUGAAAUGAUAAACCUUGUAGGUAUUGCAGGUUCAUCAAAGCAUGCACUUAAAGUGCUGAAAAAAGCUGAAAACUAUUGUCCUCCAGCCACCCUUCAACAGAUACACUAUUUAUUACAAAUGAUUGUCACUGAUUUCUAAGUGUGUGUCUCUUCUGAAAUAUCACUUUCAAUUGUUUAGAGUUUAUCCUUUACUGGAAUACCUGGCUGAGAAAACCAGCAGGUCCAUUAUACAACAGUGAUGCCAUGGUAUAAUGUGAAAGUAAUAGGUAAGCAAAGAGAUAAUUGGGCUACACAUUUUUUUCCCGGUAUGCAGCUAGUGUAUUUAAAUUAAUUAUUAUUUUUGUUCUUAACUAACUGUUAAUUUUUUGAAAUCAAAGAUAAGUGGCACAGAAUUGAGUGGCUAUACAUACCAGUCUUGUGACCCUAAUUCGAGGCAGUAGAGACCAUAAAGUUUUUUUCGAUGAUGAACUUAUGAAUAUAUGAAAAUCAUAUAUGUGAACUGCGGGGUGAAGAAUAAUUCGUGUAUGAAAGAUGAUCAUCGCAGUUAUAGACGCAACUUUAGCAGUUGAGAAAAGAAAGCCUAAAAUAAAUGUACAGGAUUCGAACCCUUGACAGUUAUGAUCUUAGUGAUCAGCAUGCGGAUAAAGGCAGGAAAUACUAUGGGGGCAGGGGGUGGCGGCCCCUUGUAGAAAUUCAGUACAUUUAAAGUAUACUUUAUAUAGGUGAUAAACACUUCAAAAAGUAUACUUCAUUUGUACUUAAAGUAUACUUUAAGUAUACUUACCAGAAGUAUACUUUAAGUACACAACUUUUCGACAUUUAAAAAGUAUACUUGAAGUAUACUUAAAUGAAAGUAUACUUGAAGUAUACUUAAUGGGAAGUAUACUUCAAGUAUACUUAAAAUAUACUUAAAGUAUACUCAAUGCAAUAUGUUAAUCAAUCACUGAGACACGUCAGACUUGGAUCAAUUAUAUUGUAAAAUCAUUUAUUGAUAUAAGAAAAAAAACUACCCUUAACUUAAAGCAAUACAAAUGUACUAAGAAAUUAUAAAAAAAUAUAUAGCAAAUCUUGUUGAAAUAGGUUUCUACAACAUAAAAAUAUACAUUUUCUAUUCCUAUCAAAGGAACUCACUGCAUUUGAUUACCAUAAUAUAUUAUUCUUCUUGAUUUUAGUAAAAUUUUCAUUGACAAUGAGAUCAUUUCAAGGAAGGUGCAUGUAUAUUAACAGGUUUCUUUCUGAACUUUCUUUAACUCACUUGUACUUACAAGACUUGGGUUUUAUAUUUUGAAUUUACACUGCACUUUAGGCGAUGUAAACAAGCUUUCACUUUGUAAACCUUAAGGCAUAACUCGUGUGUCAUUUGCAAAUGACUCACAAAGAAGAAUCGAUGUAUAUUGAAAUGACUGGAACCGAUACAUUUUUCACCCCAAAACUUACUUGUAUCGUCAAAAUUCAGUCAUGGUGUACUUCUUUUGUUUUCUUUUCAAGUUCCACUCAUAUUGUACUCGAAUUGUGAAGAUAAAUUAAAGGCAAUAUUCCAAGCGUAUAAAUAUCUUGAAGACACUCUCAGCAAAGCUCAACGAACGUUCCUUCGAAUCUGUAUCGCCCGCCAAAACCAUAUAUGGAAGUUAGGUAUGCUGUAAAUAAUUCAUACAUGACCGUAUUAGGAAAUCCACAAGAUCCCGUAUAUGUUCCGACGGUACUGGAAGUCAGCGGUAAUUCAACACCUUCAUAUAUACAUUUCUUUCCUCAAACGUGAAGAUGUCCAACGAUGAGCGAUGGUUUUGCUUCGAGGUUCUCGUUCUAUUUCUUAAGGUCCUUGUAAAAAAGGAGGUAAAACGACCCCGGCCUUAAUUACAUCCAGUAUCUUUUACUGCCAAAUGCAAAAAUUCCACGAAAGACGUCAAAGAAAUGUCCGAAACUGUGCGACUUUGCCAUUUCGCCCAGGGAUCGGCGGAUGAUCUCCUUACGAAGGAAGUCAACUGAACAGCUAAUGAGUGCCCUGUGUAUCUAGAAACCUGUUAUAUACUUCACCACUCUGAAGAAAUCUUUACACGAUCUCAACUGUGUCCUUAAUAGAAGAAAACUGAUUUGAUCUAAAUAGUAUUUUGAAGUUAAAUUAUACUUAAGGUGGCUCGACUGGAUUUUUUUGGGGGUAUACCUCCUACGUUUAAGCUUUAACCAUGUCGACAUGAGUAAAGAUAUGGGAAAAAGGUUACCACAACUGUAUUAUAUAAUGAUGAAAAUUUGUUAUGAUCUGGGUUUUAUUGCAAUCGGUGUCGCCAUGGCAACGUAAUGACGCCAUUACGCUUUUUAUUUAUCUUUGUGUUUCUCUGUACCAGGAGUUUUUUGAAGAAAUCGCUUAAGGGAGUAUGUACCUGCCAUAAUUGCUUCCAUUAUGGCAAAGUUUCAACAAAUUCUAUGAGAGCGUUUUCGAAAUAUUUUGACACGCAGUUUUAACAAUCAUAAAAACAGUGAAAUAGCAUGCUAUCCGCACAAUUUGCUAAUAUUUUAAGAAACUGAUAAGCUUUGGAAACGCGGCUUCAUCCCAUAGUGGUUUGAUUCCAUUGAAAACUGCAUACAAAAAAAGAGGGGAAUUGCUCUGAGCGAUCGCAGGUAAGAAGAAUUUUAUUGACUUGCAUUCAGCUGCUUGUGUUACAGUUUUUGGACGUAAUUUGGUCCAUGUCUACAAAUUUUGCAUUUUUCAAAAAACCGCUCGAUAAAUUUUUUUAUAAAUUCGACAAUCUGGAGAUCAAUUGUCAGUAAAUAUUCCCAGCAAGUUUCAAGAACAUUGAAAACAGGGAAGGCUUUUAAAUAGAGCCUAAAAUAUAACCACUUUUUUCCACCGAUUUUGUGUUUACAAGUGAGCGUCCUCAUUAUUCACUGGCAUUGUUUUCAAGUUUCAUAUGCACGUGCCCAACUAGCAAAAGAUAUAAAUUUGCAUCAAAAAGAACUCUCGAUUACUUUCCGAAGAAAUAUUCGGAAUAUGCUAAUAAUUGGCUUGUGUCACCGGCAGCAGUGAGAGCCGAAACGAUGGACGUCACCGCUCAUCGUGUAGGAUGCAACACUUAAUUAUCUUACUCGGGUUAUAACAUCACAGAAACCCUUACAAAGAAUUGCUCUGAUGUUAUAAUGUAUCACUAAUCUCUUUACCCGGUAAUUAGCAUAUUCCGGAGAUAUAACCGAGGGUCCUUUUUUAUGCAAAUUCUAUCUUUUUGCUAAAUGUGCACGUGUAUAUGAAACUUGAAAACAAUGCCAGUGAAUAAUGAGGACGCUCACUUGUAAACACAAAAUCUGGGGGAAAAAUUGGUUAUAUUUUAGGCCCUAUUUAAAAGCCUUCCCUGGUUUCAAUGUUCUUGAAACUUGCAGGGAAUAUUUAUUGAUAAUUGAUCUCCAGAUUGUCGAAUUUACAAAAAAAUUUAUCGAGCGGGUUUUUGAAAAAUGCGAAAUUUGUAGACAUGGACCAAAUUACGUUCAAAAACUAUAACGAAAGCAGCUGAAUGCACGUCAAUAGAAUUCUUCUUACUCGCGAUCGCUCAGAGCAAUUCCCCUCUUUUUUUGUAUGCAGUUUUCAAUGGAAUCAAACCACUAUGGGAUGAAGCCGCGUUUCCAAAGCUUAUCAGUUUCUUAAAAUAUUAGCGAAUUGUGCGGAUAGCAUGCUAUUUCACUGUUUUUAUGAUUGUUAAAACUGCGUGUCAAAAUAUUUCGAAAACGCUCUCAUAGAAUUUGUUGAAACUUUGCCAUAAUGGAGGCAAUUAUGGCAGGUACAUACUCCCUUAAGCGAUUUCUUCAAAAAACUCCUGGUACAGAGAAACACAAAGAUAAAUAAAAAGCGUAAUGGCGUCAUUACGUUGCCAUGGCGACUCCGAUUGCAAUAAAACCCAGAUCAUAAGAAAUUUUCAUCAUUAUAUAAUACAGUUGUGGUAACCUUUUUCCCAUAUCUUUACUCAUGUCGACGUGGUUAAAGCUCAAACGUGGGAGGUAUCCCCCCCAAAAAAUCCAGUCGAGCCACCUUAAAGCAUACUUUUAGUAUACUUUUGUCUUGUAGUGAUUUCAAGAUCCGGACAAACCUUCUUAGAUCCUCAGAUCAGAAUGUGUCUUUCAGUUUCAAAGUAUACUUAAAGUACACUUUUCUUUGCGAAACUAUUUUUCACAAGCACUGAAGUUUGAAGAAGUAUACUUAAGUAUUUGAAGUAUAAAUGAAGUACACUCUUUUUUUUUUUAUAAGAAUAUUGUUUUCCCGGGCCAGGCUGAAUAUUCUUAUUUUUCCGCCGAUUUUAGGCUGCAAAUAUUCUUGUAUUAUUCUUAAUAAUAACUUAUGACAUUUCCGUUUUGGAAUAUAUUAAGGUAUCAAUUAUUCGAAAUUAUAGUUUUGUUAAAUAUAGUUAGCUAAUUUUGCCGUUUAAAGAAAGGAAUAAAUUGAAAACGUAUAUUUGUAUUGUGUUUACAGAUUUUCACCACACCAAAUCAUAUCCUUUUCAAAAUCUCAGCCUGGAGUUUAUUCUUAAAGUAUUCUUAAGAUUUCGCAAAUUUCAGCCUCGAUAUUCUUAUAAAAUAUAUUCUUAUAGAAAAAAAAGAGUGUACAUUUGCCAAAUAUACUUCAUUUAUACUUUUUUUCUGGAAGUACAAACGAGGUGUACUUCAAAUGUACUUUUUUUUCUGAGAAGUACAUAUAAAGUAUACUUAAUUUCUACAAGGGGGGUACUUUCAUAUAUGGGCCAUAUAGGUAUCUGCUGCUGUAACGAAUACAGUUUUCAAGCAGUUUACAUGUAGUCUGGAAUAGUCAAUGGUAUAAACCCUGUAAGUUUUUUUUUCGGUAGCAUUAAAACAUGGAAUCCGGAAACGGACAGGGAAAUGGAAUACGGAAUCCGUGAAAGAAGGUUCCAAGUGAUCGAUUUGAAAAAAUAUAUAGUAGCGAUGACAAUAAAACAAAUAAACAGAUAAAAAAGGGAGGGUAAUGUGUGAUAUUUUCAAAGAAACUGUUUUAUUUUUAAAGUGAAGAUGCUUAAGGAAGUCAGGUUUUCAGAAAGUUUAUUAAUUCUUCUUGAAAUUCGAUUUGUUUGGAAUAACGGAGGCCAGAAACAUUCACUAAGUUUUCAUGUCAAGUGCCCAGUAUCCGGACAGUUUUAUCUUUGCUGUACAGAAUCGAUGAAUUAGCUGUGUACAUUAUCCGGAUAAGAUUUAUUUCAUAUCAGUAACUAUAAUUAAAGCUUAGGAUAUAUGAUAUAGUCGUAAAAUGUAAUUCUACUCAACUCCGUAUGGACGUUUUCUUCACUCAUUCAGAGGCGACUUGAUUUCGUGUGCACGGCUUGUUUCGCGUGACUGCGUUUUCUAUACAUAACUGAAAGCGUCUGAGUUGAACCUGGAAUUCUCAUACUUUCCCCUGUUGUGACUGCUAGAAUGCGGUUGCAACGGUCCGAAAAAUGUCACAAAGGGAUUGAGAGAUGUGAAAGAAGGAGGAAUUAGUGCUAGAAAAGCAGGCUUAUUGUGGGGACUGAGCAUGACGUCCAUACGGAGUUGAGUAGAAUUACAUUUACUGCAGGUCAGACUAAAUAGGAGAGUGACCUUUGAGCGUCGCGUUGAUGUCCCGGGUUGAUGUCUCUUUGCCAAGCUUUUUUUAAAAUAAAAAAUGAAGAAAGAAAGUCGUUUGCAGAUUGGCUAAUUGAGCUUGCAAACUGCGGCUUCGGCAUGUCCACGGAUGCCUUCCUUAAAUCAGUGAAAAAGUUCCUAGACAAGGAAGUAAAAAUUAUACCAUUUUUAAAACAGCCGCUCGCGUUCCCCACCAUACCCCAGUCAUUUGUUAUGUUUUAUUUCACGAUGCUAGGUUAUAUUUUUAGAAUCGAUUGCCAGACUACUUUGCAAGUGCAAGACAAGCUUAUAAGUCGCUUGCCUGUCGAAAUUUAUGUACAAUUACGUUGUUAUUGUUGUGUCCGGAUACUGGGCCAGCUGUCCGGAUACUGGGCAACAUAAGAGCUCUGCAAAAAUAUUAAUUUCGCGAUGGAAACAAAGGCAAAAAAGUUAAACUGUCUUUCGUCAUAUUAAGGACUAGAUAGAUUUUCUCUGGGCCAAAUUUCAAAGCUCUUACGAUUAACAAAGGCAACAUACUGUACCACUUUCGGCAAUGAAUGCAAAUAUUCUCAUGGGACAGCAAAGUGAGGAGAAAAACGUCACUGACAAAAACUAGUUCCUUAAGAAAAAGGUAAGUUAUGUGGAGACAGACUUCGUUUAAGGUGACUCGACCCAGUUUUUUUUUUUUUUUUUUUUGGAGGGUACCAUCCUACUUUGAAGCUCUCUGGUAUCCCCACCUUUACUUUUAUCGUAAGUCUAACACAUAGAAUCGAUAACAUAUAGAUCAAUCUACAAUAUAACAUAAAAUUUUUGGCGAUCGGAGUAAAUGUCACGUGGUUAUAAUGCCACGCCCCUUCGAGGUCUGAGUCGAAAAUCUGCUGUUGCCGGCAUUUUUUCGUGAAAAUCUCUCGGCUACACAUAGUGCGCAUUAGUGCCUUGCGCUGAACAGAGUUUCACCAAAAUCGCAAAGACCCAAUUCGAGAAAUUCAGCGGUUUCCAAAUUUAGGUCAUAAUUUAUGUGAAAAUGAUAAGCAAACUUUACACGGAUCAUAUCUAAUAAACUAUGAGAUUCAUCUCUUUAUUUUGGGCAUAGUUAUAACAGAUGGGUCCUUGCAAGUCAGCAAAACGCUUUGGGGCCUUGUAAAUGCGCGCGAUUUGGAGCAAAGCAAACAUAUAGAAAUUACAGUUUUCGCUAUUUGUUGACGUUUGUCAGCGUUUAAGAGUCUUUCUCACGAAAAAAGCAUUUUCUUAAAAAUUCGCAGUUUUUUUCCUUCAAAUUUUUUCAGGGCCACAAUUGAUUAACUAACUACCCGGACUCUGAAUUUCAUGGUCAUUGAAAAACUGUGACAUUAUCUUCUAUAAGCCCAAACUUGAGUAAACAUUGAAGACUUUUAGCGUUUUGGCUGAGUUUGUGCUUUGGGAGUUGUCUAUUGUUUCUAGUCUGUCAUUAUACAGCAUUCUUGUUCAGCACGCGUGCAAUGACCGCGCUUGGCUGUCUUCCGAAUGCUCACCGAGAUCUGAUAAUUUUGGUACAGUGAGACAGGCCAUCGCGUGAUCCGGCAUAGAGGUUUAACUCACAAUUUUUAAUCAAUUCUCGUGCUUCUUGUGCCUUUGCAAAAAAAAUCAAGAAGUGCUACACACUAAAUCUACUUACUAUUAAAAAAUAUCAUUUUUUCAUAGGUUUAAUGCAAGCCAAUAAUUAAACCAACUCGUGACGGGAAUAUCUCGGUGAGCGUUCGGACGUCAGCCAAGCGCGGUCAUUGCACGCGUGCUGAACAAGAAUGCUGUAUAAUGACAGGCUAGAAACAAUAGACAACUCCCAAAGCACAAACUCAGCCAAAACGCUAAAAGUCUUCAAUGUUUACUCAAGUUUGGGCUUAUAGAAGAUAAUGUCACAGUUUUUCAAUGACCAUGAAAUUCAGAGUCGGGGUAGUUAGUUAAUCAAUUGUGGCCCUGAAAAAAUUUGAAGGAAAAAAAACUACGAAUUUUUAAGAAAAUGCUUUUUUCGUGAGAAGGACUCUUAAACGCUGGCAAACGUCAACAAAUAGCGAAAACUGUAAUUUCUAUAUGUUUGCUUUGCUCGAAAUCGCGCGCAUUUACAAGGCCCUAAAGCGUUUUGCUCACUUGCAAGGACCCAUCUGUUAUAACUAUGCCCAAAAUAAAGAGAUGAAUCUCAUAGUUUAUUAGAUAUAAUCGGCGUGUAAAGUUUGUUUAUCAUUUUCGCAUAAAUUAUGACCUAAAUUUGGAAACCGCUGAAUUUCUCGAAUUGGGUCUUUGCGAUUUUGGUGAAACUCUGUUCAGCGCAAGGCACUAAUGCGCACUAUGUGUAGCCGAGAGAUUUUCACGAAAAAAUGCCGACAACAGCAGAUUUUCGACUCAGACCUCAAAGGGGCGUGGCAUUAUAACCACGUGACAUUUACUCCGAUCGCCAAAAGUUUUAUGUUAUAUUGUAGAUUGAUCUAUAUGUUAUCGAUUCUAUGUGUUAGACUUACGAUAAAAGUAAAGGUGGGGAUACCAGAGAGCUUCAAAGUAGGAUGGUACCCCCAAAAAAAAAAAAAAAACUGGGUCGAGUCACCUUAAAUUGACAGAGGCACUGUUUGUUCAACCGAAAGGCGUCGCCAUCAAGUUUUUCCUGAGUGUCUUUUCUGGGUUGUCUUCAACAGUGUUCAGUUUUAUUUAUCGAGACAUCUUACUCAGGAGAACCAUGGCAUUGUGGAGUGGGGGGGGUACUGCCAUAUAUGGGCUUUACAGUAUGGGCCGCUGUGAAGAAUAAUGGUUUUCAAGCAGUUUACUACUCUGGGAUAGGGUAUAUAAAUCAGGGGAUUUAGGUCUAGAAUAGGGUAUCAUUUUCCAGGAAACAGAUCAAUUGGUUGAAGAUUUUAGUCUAGACUAGGAAAACCGGGAAUUGCUACUCAAAAACAUGAAAAAAUCAAAUCGGUUUUAUUUUGGCUGGACUGUGUUUGUGAUCUCAGUAGUUUCUGGAAAACAGCUACUCUGGGAUAGGGGGGGUUUUGGGAGUUUUGUCUGGUAUAGGGUAGCAAAAUUCACUUGAAUGAGCUCUGGUAUAGGCUAAGGGUUCUAGGGUCCCAGCGGCACAUCCCCACCCAAAAAUUUCUAAAGUACCCCCUCGGGCGUGGAGUCCAAAGAGAAGAGAGAAUUGUGCAUGCAUUUGCUUGAUUCCACAACUGAUUACAUCAAAAUAAUGUGCCAUGUUUAGUAAUCCUCUUCAACAAAAUACGGACGUCAACGUAAACUAAAGUAUUCAGCUUGGCAAAAAAGUUGAACUUAUUGCUAAAACACCGGAACUGCGGUCACGUCACAGGUCGGUCAUGUGUUGAGUAUUCAGUUUGGGGACAAUCACUUCGUGUGGUCUGAGGCCAACUACUACUAUUCUUGACAUUUAGCUACAAAGGUAAUAUUUAAAUGUAUUAUUCAGCCCAUAAACUCGAGAAGAAGAAUUACUCAUAAAAUUACUUUCAUUGGCCUUGCAGUGCAAUAAACCACACAACGGCAAACCUUAUCAAGACACAGUAACAAAGAAUAUAUUUAAGGGAACUGCUAAGAAAACUAAAACAAAUUCUAUUUGGAUUGUACUAAAUUAUGCACUGUGAAAUUCUUUAAUUUUCUAUCACUGAUGUUUGAUUCCGUAUUCCGUUUCAAUUUCUGUUUCCAUUUCCGUUUCCGUGAUUCUGUUUCCGUUUCCGGAUUCCAUGUUUCAGUGCUGCCGGAGUGCAGGCGAGAUUCUGUGUUGAAGUGGAAGGUUGGUGGUGCUGGUUUAACUUGAAAAUGAGGCAAGAUUCUUGCAUGAAAGUAAGGUAAAACAGAGAAAAUGGCCACCAAAUUUGAUUUGCUUCACAUGUCAUGCACAGGUAGCCCAACACGAAAGUACGUGCAAAUACUUUUAACUCUCAUCACCUAGUGGCUGAGAUAGUUUGAAAUCAGAUCUCGAACUAAUUUGCCCCUUUAGGCGAUCCAUGUCCUACUAAAGAGUGCAUAAUAUUUGCAAGAAAGUUCAAAGACCUUAAAAUUACUUGAAACAGUUUUUAAACCUGGAGAUUCAAAAUGUACCCUGCAUUUAUAUACACGGUAGGUUUUUGGUGACAUUAAGACUUUGCGGUUUAGGUCAAUUGACUUAGUUAAAAGAAUAUACUGACUAUGGGUUUCACCAUUUCGAUGUACUUGAUACUGAAAGAUUAAGCCUGAGUACUGAAGAUUGUAUUGUGUAACAGUUGCUCGUUCUCUGCUUUUCAUUUUGAUUUCACAGGUGGCAAAGGUGUAGGAAAGUCCAGUUUAGUUCGAAGAUUUGUUCUAGGAGAAUUUGGUGAACAUUGUCCUAGAGGACGUCAAAGUGAGACGCUUUUUUUUCUACUUUUUUGAACUAUUAGAUAAUCAUGAAGUGUUUUCGUGUUAACAUAAUUAACAUAAUUUUGCUACUUUACUCAUUCAGUUUAUUCCUUCUACCUUUAGUUUUUUGGGAAAAGGCUUCACUUCCAUGUGUGGACGACGACAAGCACUAUAACCAUGGACUCAUUGUAUGGGAUGGUGAUCCUCAAACAGUCAUUCCCCCUGGCAUUGAACUUGGGGAUGAUGUGAUUGGUGAGGCAGUUGUUGUCGUAUAUGAUGUAACAAACCGAAAUUCGUUUCUUGAGGCAGAGAAACUUGUGCGAUUUUACACGCGGCUUGGCAUUCCUGGGCAUCUGUAUAUUGAAGGUCCGCGUGUUGUGGUUCUUGUAGGAAGUAAAGCUGAUCUUUGGAUGUACAGAAAGAUAAAAUAUAAGGUAUCAAGCUAUCAUGAUUUUAUUCAUGUUUAACUUCCAUGGAAAUCAUUACACCUCCCUGUUUAUAGACCUCAAAGAGCGCAUUUUUUUCUUCUUUAGUUUGUUUAGGAUAUAGCUUAGUGUUUUUUUUCUUGAAGUCCUUUUGAAUGGGGCGUUGGUUGGGUGAAGAUUUUUGCAGCUUUAACACUUUGUUGUGGAUUUUAAGGCCCUGUUUUCAAAGGAGGAGGAUAACCCUGGUGCUAGGGUUACUGUAAGGUUACCUUGGGAAGAUAUGAGUGCUUGCAUGCAAUUUCGAUGGUUUGUUUUUAAGCUUGUUACGUCACUUAUCACCUGAAAGCUUCGAUUCUCUUCAGUCUGUCUUUUUGUUGACACUACCGGUCAUCCAAAUGUUUCUCUGUGGGUUAAGUGUAGGAACUGUGUCAACCUAUCUGGACUGAAAUGAUUUGAAAACAAACCGUUCCACGCGGCCAUGUUAGUACCCUGCGAGCAGAGUCUCCUUCGAUCUUGACUUAUCUAGGAAGAUCGAAGGAGACUCUGCUAGCAGGGUACCAUGUUACUAGCUUUGGCAGUUAAGAGCUGUGUCAGUCAUACCAUUAGUAAAAAAACAAUGGCUUUGAAUUCGUGGAUUUGUUCGUCGCGAAACCAAGAGAAACUUACUCUCGGUUAGUUUCUGCGGUUGUUUGAGCGAUAAAAAAAUUACAGUGCUUUUGGUGAAAAAUUUCGAAGGCAUAAAUAUAUUACAGAUUUCAGUGAGAUUAAAUGGAUCGAAAAAUGAGCACACAGAUAUUAAGCAUCAAUACCCUCGCUCCUAAAAAGCGCAAAGGAGCAGUUAAUAGCCUGUUCCAGGCGUUUAGAUGCUGGUGAGCGAGUUGAAUAGUACGUGGCGUUGUUUUUCCCUCUUCAAAUUUUUGCCCCCGUCCCAACAUUUGAACGCCUCAAGCAGUCUAAGCCUUUAAAGAGGGUCUCAAUGGGGUGGUGGGUUUUACGGUUAUCGGCUAAAAUUUUGGCUCCUUUACGGCUAUCGGUUAAUUUUUUUCAGUUACGGUUAACGAAAAAGUUAAAAAUUAACUUAUUUGUUUCAAAAAGUUAAAUAUUAAUUAACCUGUAUUUUUUUGUAUCUUUAAAUCAAAAUAAAGGUCCUCGGAUCAUCUCGGGAUGAAAUAAGCUAUUCUUUUGAAAAAUUUUAACAUUUGAUAGGUCAUACUUUUUAUAAAGUAUUCCACUUCUAAUAUUAUUUUACACAUAGAAAUGUCAAUAGUCAAUUUAAAAAUAAUCUUUGUCAAAAAGCAAAAGCAGACAUGCAAACGCCCAACUCAAGGCCGGGGCGCGAAAUUCAUUAUAACAGAAAUGGCCGUUUUCACACAAGAGACGGAUUAUUCGUGUGAGACGGGUUAUCCGUUUGAUGAUUCGCGUCAGAUAGGUAAUACGUCUUAAUUUCAGAAAUGGAAUAGUUUUAAUUUUGAAUGAACAAUCCGCCUGACUUUUGAAGACAGGAUUAUCCUUUCCAGAUAACCUGUGUACAGCCGCCCCCUGCCCUCAGAAAAAAUCGGAGAAGAGGUGUCUGUGGGGAGGACGCGACUGUACACAGGCUAGUCUCAGACGGAUGAUCCAUUUCAAGCUCUAGCGUGAAAACGGCCAAUAACGAAAUUCCCGUGUCCAGUGUUUUUAACAUAGCGAAGGACUGUACGGAGCGACUGUCUGCCGUUGCCUUGUUUGUCAGCCGCAUUAUUCCGCGCGGCUAAUGCGUUUCGGGUCACGUGGUCCGAGCGAGUUCGCCACCGAAAUGCCUUGACCGAGAUUGCGUGGGAAGACGCCGUACAGGGACUAGGCAUGGCAAUGUCUACCGUAGCGUCAGAGAAAAAACAGGGAAAUGUUGUUUAUCGGCAACGUGUUUUACAAACAGUGACACCUCUGCGUGUUGUUUCACCAGUGUUUCGAGGGCACGACCUCCUAAAAAAACAAAUAUUAAUCCCCAGCAAGAAGCCACACUUUCGCUAUGGAAAAAAUUAGUUCCCUGAGAUCGCCGGAAAUGGAGCCUAGGUCUUGGUUAACACCUAAAAGGCGCUGCGCCUAACAUGCGUACGGAGUCACACUAGCCGGGAAAUAAAAAAUGCAACCAUAAGUGAGUUUAGUACCUUCCUUAAAAGUAGCAAAUUUAGGGAACACUUCUUUUACGGUUAACUCUUUUUUACCCUAUUUACGACUAAAGGUUAAAUUUUUUCAAUUUUUACGGCUAUCGACUAAAUUUUUGGCCUUUUUACGCCUAUCGGUUAACCCCAUUGAGACCCUCUUGAGAAUGCUACCAACAAACUCCUCUGAAGCAACGUCUGAGGAAAGUAUUUCAAAUUUCACGCAAAAGGCUCGUGAUGGACAGACAACAACACACUUUUAUCGAAGGACGAAAUCGGCAAUUUGAGGCUAAUUCCUCGCCAUAUUUAUUCAAAAAGGACCUAUAUUUUAAUUUCAGUUAAGUUUAAAGGGAACCUCCACUUCAACAAAAAGAUAACUUUAAAUCACAGGAAAUAACUGUUACAGUCAAGUCAAUCUAAAAUAUUUUUAAAGAAAGCGUUUGUAUCCGAAAGAAAUAACUUUUAGAUUCGCCUAUUUUUGUUUUCAAAUUUUGCGGGCGUCGCCAUCUUGAAUAAUUGUGACGUGUAAUGGUUGCCCUAUUGUUAUUAAACAAAAGCUCUUUGUGUCAGAACAAUACAGCAACCGUAACACGUCAUAAUUAUUCAAGAUGGCGGCACCCGCGAAAUUUGAAAGUGAAAAUAAGCGAUUUUAAAAUUCACUUUUCCUGAUAUAAACACUUUUUUUAAGAAAAAUUUCGAACAAAUUUGUUUAUCAACAUAAUUUUAUUCGAUUUAAACUUAUUCUGUGGUAAGAGUGGAGGUUCCCUUUAAUAAGUGAUUGAGAGACUGGGCACUAAAUGCUUGUGGCGUCAACCGGGUAUCUUAUAGCCAGAAAGCAAGAAGAAAUAUGCCGGGUAGAUGCGUUGCUCCUGGGUGUUCAGCCUUCGCAGAUGUGAAGAAAGGUUUAACAAAUGUAACUCGCUAAAUUUCUUUGUUUAGUGUUUGUUGCGUGUUAUCGCCGAGAUACCGGGUUGACGUUACAGGCUACUCGGGCCAGUCCCCCAUAAGGCGCGUUUUUUACUUCGUGAACCGGGAUUUUGAUCGCCUGUUAAAAAUCGAGAUUGAGCUCAAAUCCCAUUCUAUUGCUUGUUUUCGCAUGUUAUAUGUUUCUACUUUUUAAAAAGAAAGAUAUUGGCCAUGGGUGAUAGGCACUUUAAGUGCAAUCAAAUGAUGCAUUUUUACAAGUUUACUCUUUCUUAAAGGAUCAAAGUCUUGAAACUGGGUGAUGUGAAAUACAUAAUUAACAAUUAAUGAAUGAGGCUGAGUAUCUUAUGAAGAAUUAUGGAGGUCGAGGAGGGUGUUAUCCGUCGAAGCCGUUGGCUGAGGUGGAUAACACCCUCCGAGAUCUCCAUAAUUCUUCAUAUGACACGAAAGCCGAAUUCAAUAAUUGUUUUAUUAUUCAUUCAAAAUAAUUCCCAGUUUAAAAACAUAGCUAAAACGUGCUUACCUCCAUCGUUCUAUCGGUGUUAAGUUCAUCUUCGUUAGUGCACGUUUAGAGUUGUUCAGCUCCGCAAAUAUUCUGCAAAUAGGAGAUGUCGCCCUUCGAGUUGUCUUCUUGCUGUUCUUGCCAUGUUUUUAGCUAUGAUUUCGCCUAGUUCUUACUCUUGAAACGAGUGAAAUGUCCGCCAUUUUUGUUUCCACAACCGAAACAACUCAACCUCGUCCCCAGGUCUUCUCGGUUAUCGGUGCAUUAACCUACUAAUAUCAUAGUAACCUGAGAUCAGGCCCAAUUUGAGCGGUUCUCAUACAUUCUCUCAAACGGCUACCGCUGAAAUUGCCCGCCGGAAUGUAAUUUUCAAAGCGAAACGAAAAUAGAGCCUGAUCUCAGGUUAAUAUCAUAGGUGACGAAUUACUCCUUAAUUUUGGCGCGAAAUUUCAGCGUUAAUUUGUAAUUUCACAUGUAAAAUUACAAAAUUGCCAUGGCAACCGUUCCGUACGUCUCAGUGUCAAGAUGGCGACGAAGUUUUAAAAUGCCGUGAAUGAAGAUGUCAGGGCACAAAAAAGACGCUUAAGAAAACCUGAACACACAAGAGAACAUCAAGGAGGAUUCUAACAGGUAUUUUGCCGAAAAAGUCUGAAAAAUUCUGAACUUUAUAAGCCAAAUUUAAGGUCUAAACAUUUGAGAGAGUGGAGUUCUCGAUCGAUACAAUCCAGGAUAAACAUGUCAAAAAUCCAAGAUUGCUAACGUAAUUCGUCACCCAUGAUAUUAAUAGGUAAUCAAAUGGUAUAAUCGUGAAAUUAGGUAAUAAUUUCACUUGCGUUUUGUCCAAAUCCUAAUAAUUUCCCGAGCCUUCAGGCGAGGGAAAUUAUUAGGAUUUGGACAAAACGCAAGUGAAAUUAUUCCCUAAUUUCACUCGUCACCAUUUGAUUACACAUACAAAUAGGCUGCAUUUUUGACGUCAUUUCCUCGCUAAACACAAAAUUCUUCCAAAUUUGGUCAUCAGCAACUGGUUAUAGUGAAUUAUGCGUGUGCCUUUAGCCAAUCAGAAUCGGGGAAACAUUUUGAAUGAAUAAUAACAAAUAUUUAUAGUUAACAAGCAUUUUUACUUUUAACUGAGAUUUACCGACAACCGACAAAGAUCGAAAAUUUUAACCGACUACCGACAAGGUAAUUGAAUUUUAACCGACAACCGACAAGUGAACCCCCCCCUCCCCUCCCGAUUCAAACCGUCAUAUAGGGUAUUUUCUGUAUACUGUGAUCGUAUUUUCUCGUGAAUUUAACUUGUUUUUCGUCACAUCUUCAAGAUUUCAUUCAAAUAUUGGGCGUUACAAAGGAUGUGCGUUUUAGUCACGCAGGACGAAACACGUCAGUCAAGUUUGUAAAGUUGACCCGAGAAGUUAACCCUACCUGGGAAAUUUUGCUUCUUUAUCCGGGCUAUCUUUAACCCGCUUGCUGGUAACCCUAACACCAGGGUUACCCUCCUUCUUUGUAAAAAGGCCUUAAGUCUCAUUUAGUGAGCGAAAGGUAUUUAUGUUUUCCUCCAGCCUGGAGGGUCAAUAAUGUUAGGAUUUCGGAGUUGUGUGCCUUGUAUUUAUAGCGGAGCACCAUGGGUAAGAAAAUUUGGUAAACUAUCCAUCCCAGAAAAUUUGGUUAUGACGUAGCGUACGCCCGCCCGUCCGUACACACACUUCAUGUAAGCCGAUGUCAAAUGUCACAAUAGAUCUUGCACAACUUGACUAGCCUCUUAGUUAUGUAAGCCAUCCGUAUGAGUACGAUUAGAUUGACAGCUGUCAAAAUCAGACAUCCGCUGACAAUUAUCACAUGACCGUCUCGCGGGCUCAGAUAAAAGACCAGUCGGUUUGCCCCUACAUAUAAGCUGAUAUAAUUUGUCACACUUACCAAUUCAACACAAAAACAAAACUACGCCGGGCAAGGCUGUCAGUUGGCUGACAGUCGUUUAAAGUUACAUUGGCAAGCCAAAUUAAGGUCAAUUGACAGCUGUCAAAAUUGGACAUGUGCAGACCACUAUCAGAAAACUAAUAACGAGGGCUCAGGUUCGCUCAGGUACACGAUCUGGCAUUUUCCACUACAUGCCGGACGGAAAUGUCCUACUCACACUCGUAGUCUGUUAAUUCGAAUAUUCGCCAUUCUAAUGAAGGUUAAUUGACAGCUGUCAAACUAGAGUAUACGCUGACCAUCAUCACCUGAGUGGAUCGAGGGGUCAUUUUUCUAUCUAUUGAGGUCACGUAGUGUUUAAAGUUUUGCGCUGAUAUUUUAUUUGAUCACGGGCUCAAUUCGAAGCCCCAUAGCUAUAUAGAAAAUCUAUCCAUCCUAGAAAAUUCGGCAAUCACGUGACCGUACACCGACCACCCGACCUUCCGUCCGUCCGCACCACAGGCAUACCAAUGUUUAAUCUCACACUUUCUAGCUAGUUUGGGAGCCUGCAACCUGAUAUUGUACAUCCAUGUUUUGAUUAAUUGACAGCUGUCAAAACAGUGUUUCUGCUGACCAGUAUCGCCUGACCGUAUCGCGGGCUCAGGUAUCGACCCUCUGAGUUCGAGUAAUAUUUUGAAGGUAUCCGCUGACAAGUUGCUACUUUUCAAAUGAUCGCAGGCUCAAGUUCAAUUUUUUUAAAAUGCAUAUGAAAUAAGUCAUGUUUCAUGAGCCGCACUUUUAAAAUGUUGAUUUCGAACUGAUCUCGGACACGAAAAUUCAACCGGCUUUUACAUUUACAUGCAGGGAAGGCAAUCGCUUUUGACUUUUCUCACUGUCACGCGUUGAUCACGCUCUACGUCCAAUUUUUAUGUUCUGAUUGGUCAAAAUUUAACAGGUGAGUUUAUCCUACAAUAGUAUCAGGUUUAAAAAGCCUUUAGACAUUUUUUGACCCGCAAAUUCAAAGAAAAGGUUCUGAAGAUUAUUUAGUUAUGAUUUUGGCUGUAAACAGAAAGCUUUGAGCGAUUUUCUUGCCUCGAGUUCAUCUUGAAAAAGAGCGAACACCGGGAAGCCGGCUUAAAACGUAAAUAAGCUUAUGCUUGCCUGACUCAUGAUUUUCUGAGACGCUUUACUCUCAAUACUUCUCUUCGUGAAUGAAAAUUAUUGUCUCUGUACAUGUUUCACCGAAUUGAACUUAUUUUAUUGAUUGUUAGUAGUCCCUCUCGCAAUUUUCAUCGCUGCACAGGUUGUUUCCAGUCGAACAUAAACAUCGCAUGUAGGAAUACUCAAAACGCCGCGCGUAAAUAUCACUCUCUUUUAAAGAUUACACAUAACAAAAUUGUACACAGUUUAAUGAAUAAAAGGAAAUAAAACCUAAACAUAACAAUUUCUCUAUCAUGUUGAAGCGUAAAUGGUAACUCUAUUAAUCGCACUGCAAAUUUGGUGCCUGUCAAAAGUGAGAACCCGUCCGGCUGGCCGAAAAGUGAUUUGGGGAAUUUUUUUUAUCGUUUUCAUUAAAAGCCCAUAAUUAUUACCCUGCAUAUCACAUAGGACCAGAUUUUUCUAACAGAAAACGUUUUAUAAUUCAAUGCUAUAAUUUGUUGUGCAAAGGAAGCGCGUGCUUUGAUCGUCGUGGAUAUUGAAUGAGUGCAAAUUCUCUUGCAAAAUUGUGAAAAACUGCAGAAUUAUAGGUUUAAAUAGGGCAAAAAAGAACAAAUUCUGUCCGAGGUCUGUGUACUGUUUACCUGAGACGUGAUGAGAAAAAGUAUGUUUAAAAGGCUGGUUUACACGCCGCCAGAUUCGUCGCCAAGAUUUACUGGUAAACUAAACUUGUCGAACACAAAAAGUCCGGCCUGAUUUUUAUUUUGGCCUCUCUUUUAGACAGAGGAAUGCAACGUGUAAAUUGGCUGCCACCAAGGACUAUCGUGGCGCAUGUGUUUCUUAAAAUUAUAUUUCGGGGUUGUCCAAUUAUCCAUAGUCUCUCUAUACUAACGGAGCAAUGUUGGAGAGACUGGUGAAUGCCACAUUAUGAUGCUACAGCUAAAGCAAAUAGAAUACACGAAUAGGUCUAUUUGUUUUCCAGGCCUAAUCUACUGUGAUCGAACAUGAUUGCUAUUUUUCGGUGUACAAAUAACUUGAUGUAAAAUUUGUUUCACUCUUGAACGGUCAAAUUCUGAUUUUUCUCUAAAAUCACUUAACCUUUGCCUCAAAAGUCAAAUGAAUGUGCCCUGAUCUGUGGAUUACAAGUUUAUUGUUUGAGUUAAAUUAUGAAUUUAUUAACGGGAGCUUUGCUUUUAGCCCUGGCUAAAUCUAUAUAUUUCUCUCUUUGCUAGAAGUUUGAGCGUGAACUACGUCGUCAUUUCUCUGUCUAUUUUUGUCGUUUCGCGAUAAUAAAUCGUAAAUGUCGUAGCUAUGUUCAGUCCUUCAAAUAUCUGUUUGCAGAGUACACAUUUUUCAGGCCCAACGUCAAUUUUCGGAAAAUAUCUGUUCGGAAGACGAUUUGAGAUCUUGAAUUUUCGAAACAUUUGUUGUAAAAUUUCUUGCUUGCCUGCCUCUCCUAGGAUUUUCGAACAUCUAAAAAAUCGUAUUAUUGCCCAUUUUCAACGGAUUUUUACCCUAAAAAGGUCACCUAGAAUUUUCGGGAGCCUUUUUCUUAGGUACGAUUUUCGAAAAGGUAAGUUUUGAUCCCUAUAAUUUUCGGAUCACUAGACUUUCAGCUAGGAUAUCCGAACAGAUGAUGUUGGUUUUCACAUGACGUCACUAAAAGUCAAACUACAAAACUAUCGAUCCUACUGAGAUUUUACCUUCAUGGUGUAUUAGAGCAGCUGAAAACUAAUUUUCGAACAAAAUUUCGCUUCAAAAGUGUUCUUGGUUUUGUAAUACACUCUUUUUUUUUAUAAGAAUAUAUUUUAUAAGAAUAUCGAGGCUGAAAUUGGCGAAAUUUUAAGAAUAUUUUAAGAAUAAAGCCGAGGCUGAGAUUUUGAAAAGGAUAGAUAUAAUUUUGUGUGUUGAAACAUCUGUAAAUACUUAACUUAACCGUAUAAAAUUAUUCCUUUCUCUCAACGGCGAAACUAGCCAACAAAACGAAAAAACCUGCACUAGCUAUAGCGAAAUGUUCAAAACUAAUGACAGUUCGCGGUACAUGUAAUACGUAUGUACAGUAUUCAGCACAAAAGACAUAAACUAAACUGCAAAAAAGUAUUAUGACAAAUUCUUUCCUUUUUAAAUAACAAAACCUAGCGAAAACUAAAACAGCACUAGGCUUUAUUUAAGAAUAAUACAAGAAUAUUUUCAGCCUAAAAUCGGCAGAAAAAUAAGAAUAUUCAGCCUGGGCCGGAAAAACAACAUUCUUAUUAAAAAAAAGAGUGUAGAGUACGCUUGAAUUUCUGAGCUUUUGCGUGACGCAGCAUUUACAUGACGGCCGAGAGAGCUGUCAGUUAGGUUAAAAAAGUGACUUUUUUCGAGGAAUGUUGCUAUCAAAACAGUUCAAGUGUUAGAAAAAGUAUUACUGUAAUGUUUAUGAGUUCCUCUAGGAGUAAAUUCACGCUUUUGUAGCAAAACUUGGUAACAGAUGUUUCUGUUGGUUUCCGUCCGCCAUGUUGGAGCUCAUCCGGAUGAGCUCCAGCAUGGCGUCUCCAUACAAAGCUCUAUAAAUUUGGGUAAAACAUUUCCUCGGAUAUCUCGUAUACGAAUUAUUCCUUCGACCCAAAUCUUGGCGAGGGUCUUUGUAUAUUUACCUCCUUUCAUUUCCCAGAUUCUGAACUUUAUCUGUCGAAUGGUUUUGAUUUUUAUUUUGAUCUACUGUAUUUUGAAUGGCAUGACACUGAAAACCAGCAAUAUCUACCGUUUAAAUACUAAAAUACGUUUAGCAAUGCUAUGUUUAAGUGGUUUUGAACUAUAUUCUCGUUGGGUGCCCCUGAUUUUUUGCAGACAUACUAAAGUAGAACUGCAUUACACUUUUCCCAAGGGCGACUAUGCCGUGUAUCUCCAUGUACAGUGGCUACGGACUCAUUCCACGGAAACGAGAGUGUCAGCCCUGACACGCUCGCUCCUCUCAUCUCGCCGCCACCCAGCCGAUUUUGUGUGAGGCAUAUACCAAAUUUCGCGCGGCAUUUUUUUGUUCCAAAAAAUAAUCAAAGUGCGACCUCUGUGCUUCUGUUUGGCAACAAUACCUGUCUUCUUUUGUUGUUUUUCUGAAGGAUGCUCAGACUUUCGCCCAGAAGCAUGGUAUCCCGUUCAUGGAAGUGUCAGCAUUUACAGGCAUGAACGUGCAUAAUUUGUUCUCCAAAAUGGGUACGUUUACCUUGAGUGUGCUAAUGAAUAUGCGUUAUUGACCAAACGUGAUGUCAAGAUGGCUGGAUAUUGGCCAAGUUCUUUUUGUCUCGGUCAAUCGAAACACACAAAAAAAACUAACCUCGUCCCCAGCAAAAGCGCCCUGGAGAGGAGGUUGAAAAAAUGCGUGGCCCGCAACAUUCAUCCAUCUUGACGGAGCAAGCUUGGUAAAUAAAGGAUAUAUUAUAUGGCGAAAAGCGGGACCAACGCGGGAAAUUCGGAGCGGGAGAGUCGGGUAGCCAAUCAGAAUGCAGGACUUGCUUCAUCUUGCUCGCUCGCGGAUUCAACAAAUACGGGCAACAUUUUCGCUCAACUUGUAACGCAACCGUUGUUGCAUUGCAAGUUGAAAAGCGUUGUUACCCGUAUUGCCACCUUCGCUCCCAACUUGCCACGCAACAAAUUUCGAUGUUGCAAGUUGCGGCAACAUGUUGCGCAAUUUGUAGACCCUAGUUCUGCUUUUGGCAACAAACUUUCAGUUUUAUAACUUGCGUCACAACACUUGUGAUUGGUCGAUUUUCCGGCCCCACAAAAAGUGCGGGAACAUGAUGAGUAGGCUCCCUCUCCCCUCGCGUGUCUGUCUCGCACGCCCCGUUUUUUCCUGCGGCGAUAUUUCCAAGUGGAGUACCUCCUCGAGAUUUCGCCUUUUGGGCAAAAUCCCUGAUCUUAAUUGAAAAUAUUACUGAUAGUUUUGCAAAUACUUUUUGAAAUACUGUGAAUAAGAAAUUUUGCAAGAUUGAGAAUUGUCUCGGUAUGCAUUUAAACAAUGACCUAAUAUGACAUGAAAGUGCCUUGUACUGUGUCAAUAGAUCUUUGAAAUGUAUACACCUCUUUAACUUGUAUGUUUUGUUUUCCCAAUAGAGGUCCCAAGGGAACUUUGCCCUUUGUCUUGUCAUACAUUACGCGUAGAUAUACACGUGAGUAAUACAAAAUUUGAAAGAAACAGUUCUUUAGAGUAUCAUCAAUUGACCUGUAAUCCUGUAUUGGGAAAACAAAACAUGCAAGCUUAAGAGGUCAAUUACGCUCGCAUGCACAUGUGAUUGUAUCCUCACCCAUACAUUAAUAACAACUUGUACCCACAUACUGUACAAAACACUUUCCAUAAAGUAUUCCAUAUAGUACUUGCUAUCUGUAUAUCCGCACCAAUGGCUCUUCAAUUUAUUCGGUCACUUACCGAAUUUGAAGUACUUAAAUAUAAACUGUCAAUUUUAAAAUGACUGAAUAGGCUUUGUUCAAUUAAGCCACCUGAUCGUAUAUGCAGUGAUCUCUCUAAUACGCAAACUGUACUGAGAAAUAAUUGAAAUUGCCUAGCCGAAUUUUUUCUUGAUAUUUUUUUUUUUUGGGGGUGGUGGGGAGGGGGCUGCAACACUCCAGGUACUGGUUAUAUAUUUUUUACACUGCUUUAUUGUUUUAUGUAUUCAGGUAUGAUGGUACAAAGCCGUGUUUUGGUUUGGAACCGGAACGUACUUCUGAGUUCGCCAUUACCAUUAAUGGAAAUUUAUGGCAUUCCGUUGACAAUAUCGCCAAUUGAAAAUUUAGACUUAGACGUCUUAGACCGAACCCCCGCCUUGCGUUCGAUAUGCAAGUUGGAUUUAAGCCACAGUCAACUAUACGGACUGCCUGAAGCCAUUGGUUCUCUACCUUCCCUGACCCACUUGUUCCUCAGUGACAAUCACUUGUCAUCACUACAGCCUGAAAUUAUAAGAACACUAGUAAACCUGCAAGAGCUGGAC